AUGGCCUUGGCCACUUUUACCGAGAAGGACAACUGCGACCGAACGUGCGGGAACAUGAGCGUGCCUUUCCCAUUCGGUCUCGACGAAAAUUGCGCGUGGAACUCCGGCCUUGUCCUCAACUGCAGCCACACUUUGGCAUCCCCGAAGCUGUUCCUUGGCAGCAGCAUUCCGGUGUUGAACAUAUCUGUGGAGAAUGGGACGAUGACCAUUGGCGAGUACAUAGCAUUCGACUGUUAUGACCAGAGUCGCCGUCGGCUUAACGGCUCUGACCAUCAACCAUCGAUCACAGUGGGCCAAGACGGGCCCUAUACAUUCUCGGACACCCGGAACAAGCUCACGGUCUUCGGUUGCGACACCUUGGCUCUCAUCUCAGACGCUGCUGGGACUUUUGGCACCGGAUGCUUCUCCUCUUGCCUCAAGGACAUUGACUUCAAGGCCGAGAGCACUUGCUCCGGCCUCGGGUGCUGUCAGUUGUCGAUCCCGAAGAGCCUCAGGAGCCUCAAUAUAUCAUUGACCAGCGUAACGAAUUACAGCUCAGUUUGGAACUUCAGCUCUUGUGGAUCAGCGUUCGUAGUGGACCAGGAGUCAUUUAAUGUCUCCGAUUACAAGCUUCCUGUCCCGGAUGAUAUGCGCAACGACGUUUUCUCAAGGGUUGUCCUGGACUGGGUAGUUCAACCUAAUUUGACCUGCAAGCAAGCGCAAGCGAACCGGUCAAACUAUGCCUGCAGCGCCAACAGUGACUGCUCUGACUUCGCUAACGGAAACGGUUAUCGUUGCUCCUGUAAGCCUGGGUACAGAGGGAAUCCCUAUGCCUCCCCACUUUUCGCACUCCCAGGUUGUCAAGACAUCGAUGAGUGCAAGGAUCCACAACAAUAUCCAUGUUACGGGAAUUGCAAGAAUACGCCUGGGAACUACACGUGCAACUGCUCAUUUGGCUUGACUGGUGAUGGCAAAGUUGGUUGCCAAACUUCUCAUCUUGUCAUAAUCGCUGCAGUGCUUGUAUCGGUGACAUUAUGCAUAAUUACUAGUGGCCUAGUCUUGUUCAUAUGCAAGAGGAGGGCCAGAGAGAGAUACUUCAGGCAAAAUGGAGGCGAGAUGUUGAAGCACCAGAGAGUGAAAAUUUUCACUGAGGCAGAGUUGGCUAAAGCCACCAACAACUACGAUGCUAGCAACAAGCUUGGUGAGGGUGGUUUUGCUUCAGUUUACAAGGGAAGAAUUGACGGCAAUGCUUUGAUUGCAGUCAAAAAGCCUAAAGAUAUCUCUGCCAAGAACCUGAAAGACAUGACCAAGGACGGGUCUUUGAACACUCAAAAUGAAAUUAGAAUCAUUUCACAGGUGAAUCACAAGAACUUGGUCAAGCUCCUAGGUAUUUGUUUGGAGACAAAAGUGUCAUUGUUGGUCUAUGAAUUCAUCCCGAAUGGGACCCUCUAUCAUCACAUUCAUAACAAGCAAUCAACCAUCAUGAGAUCUUGGAAGAAUCGCCUCAAGAUUGCUUCCGAAUCCGCAUUGGCCCUUGAGUACAUGCAUUCCUUCGCCAACCCACCAGUCAUUCACGGUGAUAUCAAGUCCAUGAAUAUACUUUUGGAUGAGAAGUACUCUGCAAAAGUAUCUGAUUUCGGAGCCUCAGUUUUGAUUUCGUCCGGAAAGGCUCAUAUAGCCGAAAGAGUACAAGGCACGAUGGGUUACCUUGAUCCACAAUAUUUAAGCACCGGUGAAUUAACCCCAAAGAGUGAUGUUUAUAGCUUUGGGGUUGUCCUCUUCGAGCUCCUGACCGGAGAGACACCAACUCGGCAGACAAAAUCUGGGGAGAGAGUCAGCCUUGUCAUAUCUUUCAUGUCUGCUGUAAAGAAUCGAACACUCCUCCAUAUGAUAGAUUUUGAGGCGUCCAGUGAAGGUGAAAUGCGGGAGAUCGAGGAGGUAGGUUUGCUUGCUAGAAAGUGCUUAAACUUUAACAGUGUGAAUAGGCCAACAAUGAGAGAAGUGGCCGAGCAACUUGCCAAGAUCAACAAGAACUUGUGGGCCAAUCCGCAAAACGAUGAAGAGACUCAAAGUUUACUUCGCGAGCUGAGAUCUGAUUCUCUCUUGAGUUCAAUCACUGGAAUGAACGAAUCCGACUCUGCUUUCCUUUCGGCAUUUGACAUCGAAGCAGCCACUACUAGUUCCAGCGUCUGA